GAGAGAGAGAGAGAGAGAGAGAGAGAGAGGGAUACCUGGCUUUGGAGUCUCUCGUACGUUCAGUCUUGGGCCGGCCGUGGCGCUUGUUACGCUUACGAUUACGUGCACAUGAACUUUACCGUGAUGGCCAAAGACGCACACAGACGCACACACUGAUGUAGACACGCACAUAGGAAAGGCAGACACGAGUCCCAAUUACGUACACACGAGAAACGCACACACCGAGCAUCCUUGUGGGCGUUGAAGUCGUACACACACCAGUCUUAUUUACGUACAUCUCGUGUGGGUGUGGGUGUGUUCGUGUGUACGCGUGAACACCAAGAUGGGCUGUGUAGGUGUGUGUACCUCGGCGACGGUGCUGCUUGUGACAGUGGUGGCGGCGGCCCUGCUGGUGGUGCCGGGGGCCAAGGCGCUGCGGUGCUUCCAGUGUGGGGCGCUUCGGGAGGGCAUGUCCACCGUCAACCCCUGCUUCGGCAUCAAGGAGGAGGACAACAAGGAGUGCAGCGCCGAACAUAAGUACUGCAAGCGCUACAGCAACGAGGGCGUGCUGGUGCUGGCCUGCGAGGAGAACUGCCAAGAGAGCCACACCCAAACCACGGACAUCACCUGCUGUACCACUGACGGGUGUAACGCUGGGGGGGUCGCCGCGCCCUCCGCCCUCCUGCUGCUCAUCCUGCCCGCCCUUGUGACUGUCGGCGGCCUACUCCCUCUUCUGCCAAUCCGCCCCCUCCUCCCGCCCAUCCCCGCCCGCUAGCCACGCCCAUAGUCUUAACUCUCUCUCUCUC